UUGAAUGGUUUGCUUUUAUUGUAUAGUAUUCCAAGCACUUCUGACUUUGGCGUUUGAACGGGACUUUUAUUUUGGCGGGGUGCUGUGACGUCACAAGGCUGCGCUGCUCUCCUGCAGCUGUGAUUCGGCUUAAGAAAGAAACUGCUGAAGCAGCUGAGAUCCACGUGACACACUAUUAUAGAGAUGGCGUUUAUUAAAGAGGAAAGUGAAGACUUCAGGAUUGAAGAAGUAUUCAGUCUGAAACAAGAAGAGACUGAGGAACAAACAGACCUGAUUGAGAAGAGUCAAGAGCUGAAGAAUAUGGAAGAGAAAGAGAAAGAUCAUGAUUUAAAAAUUGGAGAAAAGAAGAUGGAAUCUAGGAAUUUUACCUGCCAUCACUGUGUAAAGAGUUUCAAUCGUGAACGAAACCUUAAGGUCCACAUGAGAGUUCACACUGGAGAGAAGCCUUACACCUGUCAACAGUGUGGAAAGAGUUUUGCUCAAAAAGGAAGCCUUGCAGUCCACAUGAGAAUUCACACUGGAGAAAAGCCUUAUACUUGCAAUCAGUGUGGACAGAGUUUUACACAUAAAAGCAAUCUUAAUUCGCACAUGAGAAUUCAUAGUGGAGAGAGCUUGUUUACCUGCCAACAGUGUGGGAAGAAUUUCAUUCAAAAACAUAACCUGGCAGUCCACAUGAGGAUUCACACUGGAGAGAGACAUUUUAUCUGUAAACAGUGUGGUAAGAGUUUUACUCAAAAAGGAAACCUUGAAGUCCACAUGAGAAGUCACACUGGAGAAAAGCCUUAUAUUUGCUCACAGUGUGGACAGAGUUUUAUACAAAAAAGCAACCUUAAAUCCCACAUGAGAAUUCACAGUAGAGAAAGCUUGUACACCUGCCAACAGUGUGGAAAGAAUUUCAAUCAAAAACAAAACCUUAAAGUCCACAUGAGGAUUCACACUGGAGAGAGACAUUAUAUCUGUAAACAGUGUGGAAAGUCUUUCACUCAAAAAGGAAACCUUGAAGUGCACAUGAGAAGUCACACUGGAGAAAAGCCUUAUACUUGCUCUCGUUGUGAAAAGAGUUUUACACACAAAAGCAACCUUAAAUCCCACAUGAGGACUCACAGCGAAGAGAGCUUGUUCACCUGCCAACAGUGUGGGAAGAAUUUCAUUCAGAAACAAAACCUGGAAGUCCACAUGAGGAUUCACACUGGAGAGAGACAUUUUAUCUGUAAACAGUGUGGAAAGAGUUUCACGCAAAAAGGAAACCUUGAAGUCCACAUGUGGAUUCACACUCGAGAAGCAUUUUAUUUGUAAACAGUGUGGAAAGAGUUUUACUCAAAAAGGAAACCUUAAAUUCACAUGAGAAUUCACACUAGAGAGAGGCCUUACAUUGUGUCUACACUGGAAGCAACAAUGCCUAAAGUCUGUCUACACUGGAUACGACAAAGCAACUGUUGCAAAUCAUUUGAACGUUGUGCCAGUAUGUCAUAAUUAGAACGAGGGAGCAGUUUACUGUCCGGGAUUUGCAUCAUGCUGCAUUCAGUGUAGACAGCAUCUCUGAUUAUAAUGAGUUCUAUAAUAUUUUGUCACGCUGCGAUCAAUGUGGAAAGAGGUUCAUAAGCCAACUAAACCGUAGAUACUGCAUGACCAUUCACCUUAGAGAGAAACAUUUCAUAUAUGGUCAAUGUGGAAGGAAGACAUGUUCACAAGUCUUUAACUUGGAGUCUGAGUCAAGUCUGAAGUCUUUCAAAGCAAAUAGUUUCAAGACAUCUUGUUAUUUAAGAUAAACUGCACACAUCAGCUGUUGAAUCAAAAAAAGGGACGCCUGGAAAUCUAUUUGUAAUGAAUUUAAUGAUAUACUGGA